AGCGCGCUGAAAUGCGAUCAAGGACGCACGAGAAACAGGGUCAUACUAGAGUCAUGUAGUGCUGAACGCUGAGCAACUGCAAUAGUUGUAGGGUGUAGUGAGGAAGUUAAAAGUCGCUUCAGGGUAAAAUCGGGAAAGGGAUUUGAGUACAAAUGCGUCGUAAAAAUGCACUUCGCGGAUGCAAAAGUUUUCAGCUCUGGUGUCGGUUUUGAUGGUGUUUGUGUGGCUGGGGAGAGACCAGGUCUCGCCUCUCAGACCUAUCUGUGACCUGCGUGUUCUGGACCACUUUGUAAGAGAAGCUCAAGACUCUGAGAUCAUCAUGCACGGUUGCAGAGUGGGCUGUGGUGUGACGAAAUCCUACUUUGUUCCUAAGACUAGCGUUGACUUUGCUGUUUGGGAACAGAUAGACGUUCAGGAACAGGCUGCAGAGGUGCAGACCGGACUGUCUUUGCUGGUCCAGGCUCUGAGAUCAGCGAGACAAACAGUGAGCAUCUCGCCUCUGGCUAGCACACUGGAUAACAACAUCAGUAACAUGCACAGCCUCAACCAGAUCCUGCACAGCCUUCACUUACAGCAGGCCAAGUCUUCAGUUCCUCCAGACGAUUCAGCUCACAACAGCACACAGAUACAGGAGGUCUCCUCUCUCCCAGAACUUCUGCAGGUGCAGAGCAGUUUCCUGCGAGGGAAAGUCAGACUCCUGCUUUCAGCUGCGCCAGCCUGCCAAAAGCAAAACGGCUGAAAUGAACUGAUAAACUGUUUACGAUGUACCAACGUCAAGCCCAUUCAUGCAUGUACACAAACACACCCGGACAAGCACACUUUAUUAUGCCACAUUCUCAAAAGUUUCUGGGUGUGUCACUUUCUAAACGGUCUUCUUGACUUGUUAGCUCAUUUUCUCAGCAUUCCAGAGCCUGCAGCCUUGUUUUUAAUGCUGGUGUUUGGCAGAGCUUGUGUGCUGUGGCGUAGAGAGUAGAUGGUCUACAGAAUGAAGUAAAACGGUAGUGACACCCUGACCUGCUCGACAAGGCAAACAUGGCAAAAGAAUCUGUGGAGGAACACAUCUGAGCCCGCUAGUGUUAGCUCAAAGUCUCAUAGCGAUUGGGCAAACAGCUUGUCUGGGUGUAUCCAGCCACCUUGACUAUCAUUCAUUUUUGGAGCACUAUUAUUUAAUUAUCUUUAAGUUUUUAGUUAAGUUAAGUUUAGUUCAGUUUUUGUACAAAUCCAUACAUUUUGUUGCAAUAUUUUAACUAUGUUGUCGGUUUUUAGCUAUGUGCAAUCUGUUUACGCAUGCUUAGAGGGCGUUCACACAGGACAUGUUUUUGUGUUCCGUCUGUGCUACCUUUUAAUUGUUGGUCAAUUUUUACAUGCGAUUCUCACGGUCCUGUUUUAAUCUGAAAUCAAAUAUUAAUAAUUGUUGUAUAUUUAUAUAUACAUUUUAUUUUGCAAGUAGAAAAUGAAGUCUAUUUUUGUAAUAUUUAAUAGAUUGUGAUGUAAUUUUCAUGACCGCUACUCAAGGGCGUAGAUUUGGCUUGAAAAAUAUGGUUAUCACGAUACUCUCAUUACCACAACGACUCUCAUCGUAGUCGUACUUCCUUGGUACUGCCUUUUACUUUCAUUGAUUUUGAUGUAAUACAUGUAAAAAUGUAUGCGUUACAGUAAUGAGAAUCACAUUUAAAAACAAUUGCGGUAAUGGAAAAUUUAGGGGUUUAUGUGCUUAAGUGUCCAGAAAAUAAUUUGUCACAAUGCUUGUUAUGUUGACUUUGCAAUCAGUUUAACAAAAAUGCAUAUAGAGACCCCUCCAUCUUGCUGUUUUGUAAUGCAAGAAUGUAUCCAGUAUGAAUGCCCCUUAUGCUGUGCAGCGUGUUAAAGAGAUGAUAUGAGAGAGAAAGAGAGAGAGAGAUAGAGAGGCUGUUUGCAUGUGGAAGUCUGUUUGUUGUAGAGUAUUCCCUCAUCUGAGAUCUGUACUUCACUGCAGGGCCAAAGGUCUGUUUAUGGUUCAGCAGGAUUUGCAAUGUGGGCACUCAACCCGGAGGCUACAGUCCUUGCCAUCUACAGGACAAACUAGGAAAUUCACAUAAAGAAAGAUGCUCACGGUAAUGAACUCUCACUUGGGUUUAUGUUAAGUGUACAUAAAGCAAAAAAACGAACUUACGUAAAAGUAUACAUGUUUUAUAAGAAAUAACAUGCAAAUAAGGAGGAGGCGGGCCUCUGCGUAGGUUUAAAAACUUUUUUUUUUUUUUUUUUAAUGUUGUCCAGAUCAGAUACACAACAUACAGUGUGUAGUAGCCUGUAUAGGAAAUAGAAAUAUGAAUUUCAUUCUUUAGACCCAUUAUGGUCAUAUAGUCUCUUUAUCUCAAGCCUCUUUUAUGUUUUUUAAAUUAAACAAACUGAAACUCAACAGGUGCAAGUAUUUUUUUGGCGACCAAGCAUUAAUACCCAAGAGUUGUUAUUUUUUUUGCCAUUUUUUUAAAUCCUCUAUAAUACAUAGGCAACCCAGACAAAAAGUAUCACCAUAUAUGUCUGGUGAGAGUGUGCUUUAUUUGUCUGUUAGUUGCUGGUAGAAUCAUCUCUCUUCAUUUCUUUUGUAGAAAAAUAUGAACUGUUUAAAUUCUCUACUUUGAAAUAUAUGCAGCUCAAAUUCACAACAAAGAGAUAAGCCACAACUCUGUGGAAUCCCCACCCUCCACCCCAGCCAAUUUCCAAUGGUUUGGGUAAUGUUACAUUUAUAAGAAGUUACAACCAGGUAAGAGAAACAACAACCCCACAAUGUCAUUUAGUCCACUGUAGCAUAAUGAAGAACACCCAGGAGAAUGACUCGAACAGCAGGGCUCUCAAAACAAAAAAAAAAACAUGCUGACUCAACCGAUUUACAUCCUAAAGCCUCUUGCGAGGAAAGGUCUAUGUGUAAUCAGAGAUGAUCGGUUUUCAACCUAACAGUAUCUCUUUAGGUUGAAACGUACUCUACGCAAGUAUGUGAAUGUGUGUAGUUGCAUAAAAAAACACAACAGACCCACUGAUAUAUACAGUAGAACUGGAUUGCUUACAGAAUAGUAAACACCCAGGAGGUGAAGCCACUGGAAGUGUUUGAGCAGCCAUAUUGGUAUUCCCCAACUGCCAUAGAGCCUCAAUGACUAAUAGCCGAUACUGCCAGCAUUUCACCAUGGUGACAAUGGUGAUUGACUUUAAAUUAGCUCGUUAUGGAUAAUAUUCGCUGCAAGGGAGAAUAUUAGCGUGCAUCGCGACGUCGAAGCAUUCACCUGUCCAAAUGUGCAGCUAAGUUUAAAUAGUAUGAGAGAGAGACGGCAAGCAAGAACGUGCACUCUCAAGUCACCCUAUGAAAUACACUUUUAAAUGAAACAAUUUAUGCAAAAAUAACUCUGAACGAGCACUUCAGUGUUCGCAAUACAUAUGUCUGAAAAUGUCUGUAUCUUGAAUUAGUUGGCGCUACUUUUUAGAUGGCUUUACCCGCUUAGAAUUUCAAGAAGCAGGAAAAUGUCCAAACUCUAAACAAAUAAACUAUAGCAUGCAUAAGAAUUUUGUGUUGUAAGGCUUUUCAGGCAGAUUUCAGAUAUACAAGUGGUAGUUGAAAUACAAAUUUUCCCCUUUUUUAAAUGAGAUAUUUUCCUAUUAAGUUAAUAGGCACACUGGAAUGUUUAGGCAUACAUAUAUGGUAGCGCAGUGGUUUCAAUGUUAUGAUGUCAUCAGCCAUCCAGUUCUAUAUUGUAGAUCAGUGGUAUGCAUUGCAUUCUCAACGUUGCCACAAGGGGUGCAAUAGAGAUAUUAUUGUGAACUGUCCGCUUCUACUGUCAGUUUUCUCUUACAAGCCAACUAAUGUCAUGGUGGAGCAACAGUAAGCAGGUUAAAGUCAAUAGCAAUGUACCAGAAUAAUAACACAUUCAGUUUUGGCACAUAUGUUUGAAGUUAACAUUAUUGACACCUUGAGUGACGGGUUUGUUCCUGCCACAGUAAUGCAAAAAGUACAUUAAAAAUGUUUAACCAGGCUGCACACUGGCGUAGCCAAGCGCUCCAAAAUGCGUUCAAAGACUUGCAUAGAGUAUGUUUCGGCCUUUAUUUUUUUCCUGCUCCAACAAAAUGUUCUUAUUUUGGACCCCAAAUCAGUUCCACCCUCCUUUUGUCAUCUAUAACAUUAGAAGCAGCCAGCAACUGUUUUGUCUACUGUCUUGUCUCUAGAGACUAAAGCACAUUGGGUCUUGCAUCAAAUUUGAAUUCCAAAUACAAUUAUUCUCAUCAAGCACGCUCAUUCUUGACUGAAUAUAUCCUCUAAUGUGGAUUUGUUUUAUUCCUGCUUCCCUCAACAUUCAUUACAGUUUAAUGUCUCUUGAAAUAGUGUCAAAACAAAGCUUUAAUAUCAGUAAACUUUCAAAUCAAAUUAAGAAAUAGGCCUCUAAUAAGAGUAUUUAGAGUCAUGGGUGAAGAGAUGUGAUUGGUUGAAUGAGCUUGCACCUGUUUUACAGUGGAUAUGAUUGGCUAUUCAACCGGUGAACCCAACAAUAAACAAAAUAUUUACAAAGACCAUGUCAUCUCUUACAUUUAUAAAAAUGUACAGUUUGCAUCUUGUGUUUUUUUGUCAGGUUUUUAUCUCUGGCAUGACAGAAAGAUGUCUUUUGUGUUUUCAUCCACCCACCGAUAGAAACUCCAAAAACAAGACAAGAUAACAACAAAUAAAAUGGAUGGAGAAAAUGAUCAAUAUGCACAGUUGCUUUUUGUGUUAAGGACAGUAAACUUAAGUGGAGUGAAGGAUGACUCUUCUUCCACUUUAACGCUGUGUAGCUCUUCCAGCAAUGUGAUUUUAGUGCGUUUAGUUCUUGAGCUACCGCAGCUAAUAUUGGGAUCAUGUCCGUCUAGUGCACAUGACCAGACUUUGAUGCAUCGACCGCUUGAAGCUUCCACAGUCAGUCUCUUGAUCUGACCUGUUCUAAACUUGCAUAUUCUUUCAUACACACAUACACACGCACACUCAAAUGCAAAACUCUCUCUUCCUUCAAUUCUCAGCACC